GCCUGGAGAUCUCCAAGUUCUGCUUCGUCAGCGAUGAGGACUCCACGCAAUACCUGAAGUCCCAUGGGGUCAAGCUCUUCCUCUCGGCUGACAGGACAGACGUCUGCAAUGCCCUCCAGAGAGGGGUCUCGGCAGCUCUCGUCUUCCAACAGGAGGUGCAGGCGCCCCGCACCCCGCUCCGCGUGGUGUUCGACGGGGAUGCCGUGCUCUUCUCCGACGAGACAGACCAGGUCUUCCGGGAGCACGGGCUGGAGGGGGCCGUGCAGUAUGAGCGGAAGAUGGAGGCCGUGCCCAUGGGAGAGGGUCCCCUGAAGGCUUUUGCGAUGCACCUUGGGAAGAUCCGCAAGAAGUUCAGCCAGGAAAAAUCCCCCAUCCGUAUCUACCUGGUGACUGCCCGCAGUGGCCGGGACAUGGGCAUCCGAGCCAUCAAGACACUCCGGGAGUGGGGUCUGGCCAUCGACGAGGCUUUCUUCAUGGACGGGGCUCCCAAAGGCCCCAUCCUCGCCCAGAUCCAGCCUCACAUUUUCUUUGAUGACGGCCUUCACAACAUCCAUGGGGCUAGAGAUGUGGGUGUACCCUCUGCCUGGGUCCCUUCCAGCUGCUGA